UGCGCGACGGGUUUGGUAGUUCCGUACGCGGUGUGUCAUGGCAGCUCCUAGGGUAUCCCGCGUGAUUUUCCGCAAGUGAGCCAGAGAGAUCCAGGGAAGGGAGCUGGCUGAGUCCGAGAAGCUUUCCUUGGAGCUGGGGUGCCUCCGCAGACUCUCGCGGCCCGGUGGAGACUUAAGGCCAAAGUCACUAUAAUUAUUUCUAAUAUCAAUUCCAAACUAUUGACCCUUGGACAACAGUGCAAUUAUAUGAAAUCAUGGCUGGUUAUAAGCCUGUAGUUAUUCAAACAUAUCCUAUACUUGGUGAAAAAAUUACCCAAGAUACACUGUACUGGAACAACUAUAAGACCCCUGUUCAAAUUAAGGAGUUUGGUGCAGUGUCAAAAGUAGACUUUUCUCUGCAGCCUCCAUAUAAUUAUGCUGUCACAGCUUCAUCAAGGAUUCACAUUUAUGGCCGAUACUCCCAAGAACCUAUAAAAACUUUCUCCCGAUUUAAGGACACAGCAUACUGUGCUACUUUUCGACAGGAUGGUAGACUGCUUGUGGCUGGCAGUGAAGAUGGCGGAGUUCGGCUUUUUGAUAUAACUGGGAGGGCUCCACUCAGACAGUUUGAAGGCCACACAAAAGCAGUUCAUACAGUAGAUUUUACGGCUGACAAAUACCAUGUGGUCUCUGGGGCUGAUGAUUAUACAGUUAAAUUAUGGGAUAUUCCAAACUCUAGAGAAAUACUGAUGUUCAAAGAGCAUUCUGAUUAUGUGAGGUGUGGAUGUGCCAGCAAACUGAACUCUGAUCUCUUUGUAACAGGGUCGUAUGAUCAUACUGUGAAGAUGUUUGAUGCACGAACAAAUAAAAGUGUUGUUUCUGUUGAGCAUGGACAGCCAGUAGAGAGUGUCUUACUCUUUCCCUCUGGAGGUCUUCUGGUAUCAGCAGGAGGUCGUUAUGUUAAAGUCUGGGAUAUGUUAAAAGGAGGACAGUUGCUAGUGGCUUUGAAAAAUCAUCACAAAACUGUGACAUGUGUAUGUCUGAGCAGCUCCGGACAGAGGUUACUCUCUGGUUCACUGGAUAGGAAGGUAAAAGUAUAUAGCACAACUUCCUACAAAGUAGUCCACAGUUUUGAUUAUGCAGCUUCAAUUUUGAGUCUUGCACUUGCACAUGAAGAUGAGACAAUAGUGGUAGGAAUGACAAAUGGAAUAUUGAAUGUUAAACAUCGCAAAUCUGAAGCAAAGAAGGAUCCUUUCCCCAGGAGACGAAGGCCUGCAUAUCGAACCUUUAUUAAAGGAAAAAAUUACACAAAGCAACGGGAUGACAUUAUGAUCAACAGGCCAUCAAAGAAAUACCUAGAAUUGUAUGACAGGGAUCUGAAAAAUUUUAGGAUCUCUAAGGCACUCGACAGAGUCCUUGAGCCUGAAUGUACAAUGAAGACACCUGAGGUGACAGUUUCCAUUAUAAAGGAGCUAAAUCGAAGAGGGGUACUUGCAAAUGCUCUUGCUGGUCGGGAUGAAAAGGAAAUCAGCCAUGUUCUUAAUUUUUUAAUAAGGAAUCUCUCUCAGCCCAGAUUUGCCCCUGUGUUGAUAAAUGCUGCUGAAAUAAUUAUUGAUAUAUAUCUUCCUGUGAUUGGUCAGUCACCUGUAGUUGAUAAAAAGUUUUUGUUACUUCAGGGACUUGUAGAAAAAGAAAUUGAUUACCAAAGAGAACUACUAGAAACCUUGGGGAUGAUGGAUAUGCUUUUUGCUACCAUGACAAGGAAAGAAAGCACUUCUAUGUUGGAACAUAAAUCUGAUGGGUUUCUAGACAACAAGAAGAUAGAAUCAUAGUGUCUGCUUAAUAAAAGAGCUGACUUGGAGUAGAUUUGCCUUCAUUAACUGUUGGAAAGAGAAUCUCUUUGAUACUUUAAGAAAACUAUUUGCAGAAGUAAUUAUAUGGAAGAGACUGAAAUAAUUAUGAUUGGAAAAUGAGUACCUGUUUUGAGACAUGGUUUUCCAUGUAUUGUUUUGAAUUAUUUUAUGGCAUCUUCAACUAGAAGAUCUCAGUUGUCUUGGACACUGUCUGUCCACCCUGGAUGAGUUGAUUUAACUUUUAAUACAGCAAACUUCUAUAUCAAAAUUUAAAUAGGUCUUCAGAUGGGAGUUCAAAUAACAAACCCUCACUGGGGAGGGGUUUGACUGAGCAUCCUGCCGAAGACAUGAGGCUUUUUAAAGCUUCUGUCCUGGAAAAACAAAAACCAAUACAACAACAACAAAAUCUUUCUUCAUUUUCAUCAGUGCCUUUGGGAUUUCCAGGUCCCUGCUGAACUUGCCUGUCCCCUCCUUGAUGUCAUUACUUGUCUCAGAUCACAUGCACUGCUUGAACUGAUAAUGGGACUGUAUCAUAUUCUAAGUAUGACAAAUCAAUGGCCAGUUCUGAAUAAUCGGCACUAUUAGCUGGACAUUUGUUCAGAAAGUGUGAAGAUUGUGUUCUCCGUCCUGGGUUUUUCUUUGUAUUUCUUGAACUUUAACUAUCUCUUAUUCUUCUCUAGACCUUUUUUUUCCCCUUUCCUUAAAUAUGCAACCUGUUUUCCAGGUUUUCAGUUUACUUCAGGCCAGGGGAAGGGAAUGAUAAAAUUUACCAUUUCUCUUAUAAUAAAUACUUUUUCAUACCUAUGCUUGGAGUGUAUCUUGUACUACUCCUCUAAAGACCAUUUUUUUUGGCUCUGUAUUCAGAUUUUUAACAUCUGUUCUUCACAAUCCUGCUUAUUAGAACCCCAAGCCACAGAAACUUACUUUGAAAAAUUGUUGUUUUUUUAAAAAGUUUGAUGUAAAUCAUUUUUUUUAUAAAGAGAUUCUUAUUUUCUUUCAAUUUUCUGAGGUGUAUCAAUUCCUGAUACAUAGUCAUUGGCUGUUAACACUUAUUUUACAAUUGCUGCUCUUCCUACCUCCUCCCAAAUCUUAUCCCAUCUCAGGUAGUUAAUAUCUCUAAGGAAAUAUGUCUCAGGCUAGUAGAUCCGUUAGUUAGAGAAAGAUACCAGUUUUGUAAAUUCAGAUUUUUUUUUUUUUUUUGGAAAUUAAAAAAAAAAAGAUGGGAUACAUCUAUGUUCUAGUAAGGGCAUAUGCUCAAAAUAGGAUCUGAUUUGCCUUUCAUGAAUUGAUAUAAGCGUAGGAAGUAGAGGAAAGAUGUUGGGAAGCAAUGGCACAGUGGCUUAUAAGAAACCAGGAUGCUGUUGCCCUGAAUAAUUAUGUAAUUAGUUAAGGUCAGAAGCUGUGUCUUCAGGUUUAAAGAAGAGUUAAUCUAGUUAAAUAAAAUUUCUAUUAAAAAACAUUUAGAAAAUAUUAACUUCAUAGGCACACUGUUAAUUUCUUAACAUUAACUGCCAUUAUUUGUGUACCAUGCCACAAGAAUCUUCCCAUAUAUUAUUUGAUUUGAUUCUCCUCACAGCCAUCCAAGGUUGGCAGUGUGAUUCUCACUUGUCUCAUCAUCCCAGCACUCGGAACCAGCCCUCCUGCUGGAGCCUAAAUUACUCAUUCCCUUAACGGAACUUCACUGAGUGCUGCAGUGCUGAAAUGAAAUGUGCAAUGGUUACAUAUUUUCAAAAAGGAUAGGAAAUAAUUCCCAUGGUCAUCAAUACUUUGUAUUAAGUUCAGUAGUUUUUAUACUCAUUGGGACAAACUGUAGAAUUUGCUAUUUGAAAUGUUUAAACAUAACUAACAUAUUACAGUAUGGGACAUUGGCCUUAAAAUUCUAAUAUAAAUGUGUAAUAGAUUGUUAAACUUGUGAUUUUUAGUUGAAAGGUGUUUAAGAGUGUUACAAAGCCUGCAAAAACAUUGAAAUGUUUUAAUAUUUUUAGAAUAUAAGUGUAUAGAGAGUCCCUAUACAUUUAAUUUGUUAUAUUUGUAAGAAUUAAGGACUUGGGAAAGUUUUGCUUUUUGGAUCAAGUG